AUAUAGUGUUCGGAAUUGUGUAGAAGACCUUUAGGACUUUGUUCAUUAAAGAAUAAUUUUGACCCUUUAAUUUUUUUUAUUUAUUUAAUGAUCCGAAUAGCACUGAGUCAAAAUGGACCCAGAUACGCAGCACCGCCAUUCGCACCCGGGUACCAUGCUAUUCGGAUGUCAUUUGUGGUAGCUUAUUUUAGUUAAACUGAAGAAUUAAGUUUACAAACAAAUAGUCCAUUCAAUUAUCUUUCAUUUGAUACCUCAUGUCGUCUUACGAACCCAACAAUAAAAUUUUAAAUGUUUUUUUUUAUCCCAACCUCUCACUUCUGGUACCCGGUUACGAAUAGCCACUUCGAUAACAUUUAACAGUUAUUCAAAGGGAGAGUAACGGGGGAGGAUCCACCACCAUUACUAUUUCAUUUGAUUCUACAAUGCUCUAAAUCCGUGGGGGAAAAGGUAAAAAAAAAUAAAAAUAAAAAAUGUCUCUCAGUCUAGCCCUCAUCCACCGCAGUUGGAUACGUCACUGUUUUUGAACGGGACCAAAGUUGAGGUUAAUACACUAAUAGAGACGUUUCGGUCAAUCUUGAAGUAUCUGGUCACGCCAUGAAAAACGGACGUGACCACCAAUAGAAACACCCCUUUCGUCACCGACCAAGUGUCCAUUAUAUCCUAAAGCCGUUCAAAGAAUCUUUCCCAAGUGAUGAUGGGAUCGCUGAAGUUUAUACAGAGAUCGCUGUCUUCAAAUCUGUAUAAACACAAGGCACGAAGUCUGUUUAACUCACUUGCUGAAGCCAGUACAGGAAGCGUUAAUGUUCUAGGUACCCGCGCUCAAAGGUGGACUUGUACUAAGCAACGCCAGCGUUAUGUAGCAUCUCACUGGUCAUCUCUUCGACGGGUUUCCACUUUGACCGAAGAUCUCUCUCUAAACAAACAGCAAGACCUAAAAGGUUACGAGUCUUGUAACAACCACGGGAGGAAUUUUACGACGUCAUCAAAUGUUUUGAUAUCCAGAAACGGGAGAAUUUCCGGGAAAAGUCCGGACUAUUCUGUGAAGCCUAAUAAGUCUGGAGAUGAGGUUGAUGUUUUCGGCAACUACCAAGUGGCGUACGGCAGCAAAACAACAUGGGAACUUGUGAGGACCCUCACCGUGUUUUUCUUCUGCAAAUUCUCCGCCUUUACCGACAAUGCUGUACACGUAAGUGGACGUGUUUGUGUGUUUGUGGGUUUGUAAUGUUUAAGGAAGAUUGUAUGGUCUCUUUGCAAAUUUCGUUAAGGCUUCAAAAGCCAACCACCAACCAUUUAACAAUAAGAGAGUAUCAUUAAGUUGAAAAGAUACAAGCUAAACACUAGUCACGUGGCCAAUUUAUCCAGUAGUUUGGGUCGAAAUGGUGACUUGGGCGUACAAAGCUUUGAAGGGUUACAACAAGGGACGUCAUUUGGGCAAGGCAGGGUGGGGAAUUCGCCGCCCCCCCCACCCCCGAAAAUUUGCAGAUUUAUUUAAAUUGCAUUGUUCUGUGGCGCCUCAAGUAAUAAAUAAGUUAACAAGCCGACCAAGUUUUGUCCCCCCCCCCCUUGAAAAAAGAACGAAAUGACGCCCUGAUUACAACCGAUAAAAAUAACAUUAAACGUAACACUGUGCUACUAAAGGUUUACUCAAUGUUUUCAGCUCAUGUCACUCUGCUACUAAAGGUUUACUCAAUGUUUUCAGCUCAUGUCGUUCUGCUACUAAAGGUUUACUCAAUGUUUUCAGCGCAUAUCACUCUGCUACUAAAGGUUUACUCAAUGUUUUCAGCUCAUGUCACUCUGCUACUUAAGGCUUACUCAAUGUUUUCAGCUCAAGUCACUCUGCUACUAAAGUUUUACUCAAUGUUUUCAGCUCAUGUCGCUCUGCUACUAAAGGUUUACUCAAUGUUUUCAGCUCAUGUCACUCUGCUACUAAAGGUUUACUCAAUGUUUUCAGCUCAUGUCACUCUGCUACUAAAGGUUUACUCAAUGUUUUCAGCUCAUGUCGCUCUGCUACUAAAGGUUUACUCAAUGUUUUCAGCUCAUGUCACUCUGCUACUAAAGGCUUACUCAAUGUUUUCAGCUCAUGUCACUCUGCUACUAAAGGUUUACUCAAUGUUUUCAGCUCAUGUCACUCUGCUACUAAAGGUUUACUCAAUGUUUUCAGCUCAUGUCACUCUGCUACUAAAGGUUUACUCAAUGUUUUCAGCUCAUGUCACUCUGCUACUAAAGGUUUACUCAAUGUUUUCAGCUCAUGUCGCUGUGCUACAAGAUUUUGGGAAGACGUAUCUCAAACGUCCUCAUCGGCAGGACCGUCUACGACCAGUUUGUGGCCGGUACGACUCCUCAUGAGUUAGCUGAAGUCAUCGCCAGGCUACGUCAUGGAGGCGUAGGACCGAUGUUGUGCACCCCCAUCGAAUGUGACGCAGAUGGGUAACUAUUAGGGACAGACCCCCAUCGAAUGUGACGCAGAUGGGUAACUAUUAGGGACAGACCCCCAUCGAAUGUGACGCAGAUGGGUAACUCUUAGGGACAAACCCCCAUCGAAUGUGACGCAAAUGGGUAACUCUUAGGGACAAAAAGUCAGAAGGGAGCCGUUCAUAAAGUACUACCGGCUAUUUUCGGACAAUUUUUACCCCCCUCCCUCCUCCUGUCACAGACCCCCAAAAGUACGUCACACUUUAAAAAAUUAAUAACUAAUUAAAACUAAAUCUAAAAGACUAAAACUAUUAAACUAUCAAAUUUAUAAAAGUGACAUCUCCUGUCAGAAUACAUUUAUCACAUGAGACAGUUUAACAUCAAUCUGAAAAGGGGGGGGGGUGACACAAUUUACAUUAGCUACAAAUAUAGAUAUAUCUGUGAGAUGAAAUAACAAUGGGUUAGAGAACAGCAAGAAAUGAGUGUAUAUAAUUAUUAAUUUCACAUGUUGUCGCGCCCCCCCCCCCCAAAUUAUGAGCAAAACUAAUUAAUUUCUUUUUGUAUUAAGAAAAUUAAUGUGAGGCAACUUUUUAAUUAAAAAUCAGCAUUUUAAUUUAACGAAUAUAUUUGUAAAAUUAAAACUAAUCUCGUUGACGAUUGCUAUUUAUAAUCAAAAUUUUAAGAUACUCUUUUAGUUUCAUAAGUUCCAAAAACCUCAGAUUAACAUUUAGUUAAACCUUACCUCAGAUAAACCUAAGAUAUAUAUAUUUAUUUGAUUUUAACAACAACAAAAAAAAAACAACAACAAAAAAAAAAAAAAAAAAAAAAAACAAAAAAAAAAAAAAAAAAAAAAAAAAAAAAAAAAAAAAAAAACAAAAACAAAAAAAAAAAAAAAAAAAAAAACCGCACACACACACAAAACAAACAAACACACUUGCAGAGCAGAUAAAUAAAUCAGAAUUGAUCACUACAUUUAGCAACCUUCUUGUUACAUGUUCUGUUACAGAACUUCUGUAUAAAACAAUAAUGGUUUUUAAUCAAUUUAAUUGUAUGCCAUGAUUGUUUAGUCAUUUCAUGCCUGAACUCUUUCCAGGGAGCCACCACAAGAAGAAUUUUUUGACGAAAGCUUAGAAAAAAUAUUGGCGAGUCUCCAACUGGCCUUACGGCUGAACGAUCCUCACCCAAUGUUCCAAUACAGAUUCAGUGCCUUGAUGAGCGGGGACAUAUUGGUAUGGGACUUAACAAUAUCUUCUUGUGCACAAGUGGCAUAAGUGAGCUAAAUGGUGUCAAGAGCAAUAGCUGAAAUAGCGCAUAGUUGGUCAUCCCACCUGGCAUAGUUGGUCAUCCCACCUGGCAUAGUUGUAAUGUCAUCGGGCAUAGUUGGUCCCCCACCUGGCAUAGUUGGUAAUCGCACCUGCAUAGUUGUAAUACCAUAUGGCAUAGUUGGUCAUCCCACUUGCAUAGUUGGUCCCCCACUGGGCAUAGUUGUUCAUCUCACUUGCAUAGUUGGUCCCCCACCGGACAUAGUUGGUCAUCUCACUUGCAUAGUUGGUCAUCCCACUUGCAUAGUUGGUCCCCCACCGGGCAUAGUUGGUCAUUCCACUUGCAUAGUUGGUCCCCCCCCAGGCAUAGUUGGCCCCCCACCGGGCAUAGUUGGUCAUCCCUCUGGCAUAGUUGGUCUCCCACCAGGCAUAGUUGGCCCCCCACCGGGCAUAGUUGGUCAUCCCACUUGCAUAGUUGGUCCCCCACCGGGCAUAGUUGGUCAUCUCACUUGCAUAGUUGGUCAUCCCACUUGCAUAGUUGGUCCCCCACCGGGCAUAGUUAGUCAUAACACCUGGCAUAGUUGGUAAUACUAUCUGGGAUAAUAGGUAAUACCAUUUGCGAUAGUUUGUCACCCCAGCUUGCAUUGUUUGUCACCCCAUCUUGCAUAGUUUGUAAUCCCACCUGGCAUUAAGUUGGUCAACCCACCUUGCAUUAAGUGAGUCAACCCACCUGGCAUUAAAUGGGUCACACCACCCGGCAUUAAGUAGGUCAUCCCACCUGGCAUUAAGUGGGUCAUCCCAUCUGUCAUUAAGUGGGUCAUCAUCCCUUGGUCUCUGUAAACUGCACCAGUUAGCUUAUUUCUUACAUUAGCUCCUUAAUUUUGUCCCCACCAUCAUAAGGGCCUAAAACCAUUUCCACAACAAAACUCUUGCUCCUAACAAUUUAGAAUUUUAUUUAUUUAUUUAUUUAUUUAUCCAGAAAACGGUAUCUAAAUUAUGCUCGGAGACAACUCACAACCAGGAAGUCAUUGAAGCCAUUAUAGCUGGCAUGAAAGGAAGGCCAGUCAACUUUUCACAAGUAAGUUAUACGAUUAUUUAUGUCUCUAAUUCUUCCUUCACGAUCAAUGUAUGGAUCAUUCUGGCUCCUAUUGACGUAGAGAGGUGCGCCAUUUUUCUGUGCCUGGUAUUGUCUCCAUUCAACUAUUCCAAUAAAAUAAAAUUUCGAACUCUAACCUGGUUUGGCACCCCACAUUUUAAGCAACUAUUCUUAAAACUGACUUUCAAAUCGAAAGUGUUUGUUAAGAGUACCACGUUUUUUAAAGUUCUAAAGUACUGAUACUACUGAAGAUUGUGUUCAGAGCUUGUGUUUAUUGGACAAUGCUAGCUUGAUGCCUAACGCCAGCAUUCGUUGUUUAAAGCAUGUUCAUGCGGCCCACCAUUUGAAACAUAGAGGUAGGUCAGCAGCACAGAAAUGCUUAAACCAGAAAUAUACAAAGGAUUUAAAAAAAAAAAAAAUUAAUUCACUGUAAAUGUAUGGUGAAUAUAUACUACAACAAUGAACAAAGAUACACAUGUUCCUCGCAAAGUGUUGAUAAAAUGUGAAAAUUUCAAAGUAAAGGUGAGUUUCUUUAGAACUUUGGCGUAACAUUAAAUGUCUCUACGCUCUUACCAGUGCUCAAAGUGGUGGUUUGAUUCAAGCACACAAAAUAGUUGUACAUAAGUCUGUUGAAGGCCAACAAUCUCGUCCAGCGUGUAAGCCUGCGAAUACUAAUUAUGAUCAUAAUUCUUGAGAAUGAAGUGUAAAUGUUUAAUGUUCAAUGCACUGUUCCAUGGUCAUUACACUUACUGAAGGAAAUCGCCUCCAGACUCAAAUCCGUUAAUAAAUUUUGUGUGUCCAGUCAGGGCCGCAUUAACAACAUAGGAGGCCCUGGGCACAGCAAUGCACUGGGGCCCCCUAGCAACACAAAAUACCUAGGCCGUAAGAAGGGGGGCACUCGCCCCAUGCUCAAACAGUGGGUUGGGGGCAAACAGUUCCUGCUCCCCGCCAACUCAACAAGAGGAAUAAAAAUGUAAAAUAAAAAUAAACAUUCAAUAAAGUUAAACAAUUUAUUGAUACAAAAAAAAAAUAAAUAAAAAAAUCCUUCAAAAUCAUUAAUAGUUUUAAAACAUUCUCAGAAAUUAACUAUAAAUAAUCACAGAGUCAGAGGGUGAUAAAUUAUCAUUAUUGACAUAUAGAUAUAAUAAAUUAUUUAAUAUAAAUCAAAAUAAUCGUUUGCGUUAUUUAUUUUUUUUUUUUUGCAGAUAAUGUUUUUAUCAUUGAUUUUUGGUUUAAAGUCAGUGAUCUUAAGGAUGUCAUUUUUCAUGCACAAAUUGAAUGCCAGUUCAAAAGUUUUUGUCCCACUGCAACGCCAUCCUUUAGGAUGUGCGACUGGGGCGCCCAGUAAUUAUUUAAAUUACCUUAGUUUACUAUAGUGAUGUGUGAGCCUCGGACCGUGGUCGAGAAACGUUAUUCUAACUUAUCGUACAAUCGCUUUUCAUACAAUAAGUUUUCGUACAAUGAAAGUUGCAUUCUUAAUUUGGAUACCAACACUGGGAUUAGGACCAACUUAAAGGAUGUGGAAAUUAAUUUAUUAAUAACGUAUUUCCUUGUCCCUUUUAAAAUUAUUUUAGCAGAAAAAAAUAGGGAACAAAAAGAUUUCCAGGGCGCAAAAUCGCAAGCGCAAAGCAGAAAAAAUAAUCAUGGAUCAUAAAGGGACAGGGAAUGUGGCGCCGAACGGUCAUCGCACAGGGUGAAAGUUUAUCUAAAUCUAAGGCCGGUGUUGCCCAUUGUCAUUGUACUGCGAAGCUGAUUCUUAACUUUUUUCUUUUUUUUCGAUUCAUUUCUGGGAAGAGUAAAACUUGUUAAUGAGAGUUAUCCCCCUUUAAAAGUUUUAAAAUUGUCCAACUUUGAUUCGCAUUUAUAAUAUUAAUUUGGAAUGUGCUGAUAUAUAUCGUGGGUUAAAAUUGAGAAAUAGGUAAUUUUAAAUCCAAUUAAAUUGUAACAAUAUUUCAAUAUUCAUUAAAAAUAUGUAAAGCACGAUGCCUCUAUAAGAAUGAGUCUCCUAGAAAAGUGGGGCCUCCUACAAUACAAUCGCGGGACCUUGGGCCAGUGUCCACUGGGCCCAUGCCUUUAGUUUUAAGACGGCACAGUGUCCAGCCAUGGAAGAUUAAGUAGAUCAAAAUUUAGUCAUUUAAAACUGCGUUUUUUUAAAUUAAAUUUUUUAUUUAAAGUUCACCGGAGUAUUUAAGAUCUAAGAAAUUAAAAUAUAACUUUGUCUUUAAAUGAUGCACAUUGCUCAAUUUUGGUUAUAGUUAAAGAGUUCACCUGUCACUUAUUUAACUCCAAUUAAUAAUGUAAAUAUUCAUUUUCAUCCGAAAAUGCUUUUCACUAUCAUCUGAUUAUUGCUUUAUUUAAAGCUUUCAAUUUUUGUUAUGCUGUUUGUUUCAAAACACGAUUAUUUCCUUCUAACACAUCGUCUGCUCUCUGUGAACAGUUGCCAGGGUGGAGCAGUUUUCCGGAUGAUAAAAUUGACGUUUUCAGUAGAGCACUUCGGAGACUUGGCAAAAUCAGUGAGGUGAGGAUAUUUCGAGAUUUAUCUCAGGGUUAAAAAAAAACAAAAACAAUUUAGGUCAUUGUAUUUAAUUUUUUUUCAUAUAAAUUACAAUGAUGAUUUGAAUUAAACUAAUACACUUCUCGACGGAAGAUAACGAAAGAAGCCGAGGUAUUUCAAUAAGGGAUUUUUAAUAGUAAUUUAGUUUAACUCAUUUGGUCCCUUUGAAAUUGUGUGGGUUGUCGUGAAGUGGGUACCAACACCAUGUCUAGCCUGAUUACCAGAGCCGUCACGGGGGCCCCGAAAACAUUGUAGCUGUAGAAAAAAAAAAGGGGGGGGGGUGUCGUCGUGUAUUAAAGGGAUAAAAAAAUUGUGAGAUGAAAAGUAUCAAAUUUAUCAUAUUUAAGUGCAAUUGAACAAAUACGAAAAGUGACAAGGGGAUUCCUUGAGUGGCGUUACGACUCUGCUGCCGACGUUCUCGAUGCCUGCUUCAUGUGACAAUACAAUCCUGUUUAAUCUGAUAAAUGUUCUCAACACUUUCUUGUUUUUGCAAAAGGCCAUGAAACCUGUUGACGUCAUUGGGCUUGUUGAUGCCGAGUACACAUACCUUAAUCCCGCCCUAAGGUUGCUCGCCCUGGCCAUGAUGAAAGAUUGUAACACAGAAAAGGCCAAGUUGUUCUUCACAUACCAGGGCUAUCUGAAGGUAAAUUACUUCGGCUUUGACCAAUAAGAAGGUUGAAACACAGAAAAGUCCACGUUGUUCUUCACACACAAGGGUUAUAUGAAGGUAAAUUACUUCGGCUUCGACUUAUAGGUUGAAGGUUGAAACACAGACAAAGCCAAGUUUUCCUUUACACACAAGGGCUAUCUGAAAGUCAAAUACGUACAAUUUAUUCAAAAGGUCAGGUAGAGACUUUGAUUUUUAACAAAACAACAACUUGACAUUAAAAUAAGUGAUGAAAAAUUGACAGCGGCAUCUAUCUAUUAAAGUACAUGAGGUCAAGGUCGGAUCUAGGAAAUCGUCAAAUAAUUUAAUAUAAAUAAACAUAAUAGAAUAAACGACAAUUUCAACUCUCGAUGACGCAAUCAUGGCCGUCCUUCCCGUCAGGGGUUAGGGUCUAAAAAGGUCUUAAAACGGCCCAAAUAGCCAACGAGUUCAGAUAAUAAGCUCAUUCAAGCAUCUCAAGCCACUAAAUUGUACCUCACUUUAUUGUGCAAGCAAUGAACCAUGCAUCGGAUGACUUGUGCUGAUUCAAACCACUGUUCGAUGUCUAUUCGUUGAAAGAUAAAGAUCUACCACACAGUUGCCCUUUUUUUGGGUGGCUUACAACUAUACAAGGAUUGUCAACAUUAUAUUAUGUUGCAAGUCCACUUCUGUCGUGUAGCUAAUUAUCGCUUCCGAUCUGCUUAAGUAUCAACUUGAUACUCUCUAAACCACUGUACACACGCCCUAAAUAAGAGGUAGCAAGCUUUGCCAAUGCUGUUCUAUGAGUGAAUAGACAUUGACCACCGCAUCGCAAUCUCCAAUAGGGCAGUUUUGAUGGCAGUUCCGUGCAUAACAAAAGUCAAAGAAACAUGUAAACUUUUGAAUUCUCGGUAUAGGUCUUGAUAAAAUUGUUUUUAAAAAAAUAUAUGGUUGAAGUGUUCUCAGUUAGUUUAAAACUCAAUUAGUGUGAUGGUAAAGGUUGUAUAACACUUGACUACAGCGUAUAUCAAAAUUAACUUUAAAACAGGCAACGCCGUCCAUCUUGGGAAGUGACGUAGCAUACGCUAAAGACAACGGCUUCUGCUUCGGGCUCAAACUAGUGAGGGGCGCCUACAUGGUCAAGGAAAGACAACUGGCGCGUCAACUUGGUUAUGAGGACCCCGUGCACGAGUCCUUUGAUAAAACAACAGAGAGUUACCAUUCCUGCCUUGAUCUGCUGCUGACCAAUGUGAUGACGAGUCGUCCGCUCUCUCUGAGGUUUUUCAUUGCCUCCCACAACGAAGACACCGUCAGAUACGCCAUGAGAAGGUAAAACGGGACAUUGUCUAUCGACAUGAGUAGCAACAAUAGAAGGUAAAACGGGACAUUGUCUAUCGACAUGAGUAGCAACAAUAGAAGGUAAAACGGGACAUUGUCUAUCGACAUGAGUAGCAACAAUAGAAGGUAAAACGGGACAUUGUCUAGCGACAUGAGUAGCAACAAUAGAAGGUAAAACGGGACAUUGUCUAUCGACAUGAGUAGCAACAAUAGAAGGUAAAACGGGACAUUGUCUAUCGACAUGAGUAGCAACAAUUGAAACACAAUGACAUUGACACUGAACCUAAAAUAGUCAAUGCUGUAGGACCGUCAAUCUUUUAAAGAUUUUAAUAGAAUAAUGUUGUAUAAAAUGAUAUUCAGAUGAAGUUGACAGUAAUUAAUUACAUCAACAAAGGAACUGUAAUAAUACAUUACAAUGAACUGUUUAAAAACUAUUCAAAUGUUUGACAUUCUGAAGGCACUUGAGAACAAUUUCAAAACUUUGGGGAUGGUUAAAACCGGUAACUUAAACAUUAAAUACAUUAAGUUUACAAUAGUUACAUCGCAAUAUACGUAUGGAACACAGUUAGACCCCUUCCCCCUUUUCUUUCUUUUCGGUUCUUUGCUCCCUGAAUUCAAAUAUAAAGUUCAACUUUUUUCCCCACUACGCAACUCUUGGCCCCCAUCGGCCAUUAUGGCUGCUCUGUUAUGUUACGGCUGAUAUGAUCGUCCUCUAUAAUCGCCCUUAUCGACAUUAAAAUUAUAAAUAUGAUGAUUUUAAAAGGGGAAUAGCUCUCGUAAACUUUAUUUACGUCCCUUUCUUUGAAAAAAAAAAAAUAAUAAUUUGAGCUUUUCAUUUGCUCAUUUGUUUAAUAGUGGGGGCGGCAAAAUUAUGUGCUCUUGGCUAAGGCUUAGAAAUAUUUAAAUCCUGCCCUAGGCCAUUGGGGCUGGUUAUAUUUUUUAACAAGAUUCAGCCAUAGUUACAUCGCGUCUAUGUUAAAAUAAAACGGCCUCUUUUUUUUCAGAAUGGCUGAGCUGGGGAUUCGUAAGGACGGAGGCUCCGUCUUCUUUGGUCAGCUGUACGGCAUGGCAGAUCACGUGUCUUUUACUCUAGGUCAGUCAUUAGACAGAGUGCCUUGGUUAUAACCGAAUUUGUAGCUGAAGCCAUUUCCCCAAGUCAGACAUGAAAUGAUUAAAAGACAGCGGCGUAAGAUGGGGUGGAGAGGGAGGUCCAUCCACUGGCGGCGCGCUUCUCUUUAUAUGAAGGAACGCCAUUCUUGGCCAAUAUCAGAGUCUUUUAUGAAGAAAGGGAGGCUAAAUUAUUGACCCCCUCCCUGAGGUGGCAGUAACCCUAACAACUCCCCUGUACUGACAUGACUUAAGUCAUCUCACCCCGAUUACAGACACAAUGAAUACAUGAAUAAUAUCUGAUGGAUCCGGCAAAAAAAAAAUAUGUUUAAAAAAAAAUACAACUUCUGUUUCGUGAAUAUAAGUAGCCCCCUUUUGAAAGUCAUGCUUUUAUUAGAACCUACGUUUUUCUCUGGAUCAAAUUUCCAUAAAGCAUAUUUUGUUUUGACUUUAAUAUGAAAAUAGUUUCUUCCAAAUAUCUUUGACAUCAGCCUUUAAGAAGCCACGUACUGGCACUUAAUUCUCUGUAUGUGAGGUCUGACUUGUAUUUAUCUAUUCCAUGGCAGGCCACGAUGGGUAUCGUAUCUACAAGUCCAUCCCUUACGGGUCAAUAGCCGACACUCUGCCCUAUCUGUCUAGGAGGGCUCAGGAAAACAAGUCAAUUCUCGCUAAUGCUAGGCGCGAGAGGGCGCUGGUGGCAAAGACACUCAAGUCCAGACUUCUGUUCAUGAACUAGUUACUACUAGUCUAGUAGCCAUGGUGCCCUGACGUCAUGAGCUAGUGGCUACAGUGCUAUGACGUAAUGAAACUAUGCCAAUUUCCAAUAGGAAACUCUAAAACAUGAUUAAAAAGUCAAAUCUUUAAACACAUCAUCGAUGAAUAAAGCAGCUGUCUGAUGAAUAUAAUCAACAUGUCAUGACCUUUGUUAAAACAAACAUCAACAGGUUGAUAAAAAAAACAACAAAAAACAAAAAAACAACAAAAAAACCCAACAAUGACACAAUAAUACAUCAAAUUCAAGAACGCGAACAA